UCGUUCUUAUCUUUUUUUAACCGUUGCCAACUUGGCAAGAGCUCUAAACUUUGUUUAACUUUUUCAAUUUUUACAGAGAACCCAUUAAUCCUGAAGGAAAAUGGUUGAGAUGUCAUUUUCGUGUUGGCAAAUGGGUAGCUUUCAGAGAGCUUAAUUACUACUGAAUUGUGGUUGGUAUUCAAGCAUUUAAGAGCAAUGAAUUGCCCAUUUUUCUUGAGCUUCCUCAGGAGGUUAUGCUGCCUAGAUUAACACUCAGAGUGGAGGCAUUUAAGAUCAGGGAAGUUUGAACAGUUGUGCUGUGGCCACUAAUGAAGUGUUCAAAUUGGAAUAAAUGAAGCUCGAGGUGGAAGUUUCUCUUGCUUUUGUCAUUAGUUUGAUUUGGAUUCAGCAUGGUCUUUGCGAUGAACUUUCUAAUACAUCAGGCGUAAACAACUGGACAUGCACAUGCUCUUCCUUAAAUCAGGGAAACCAGACCUCUGUUCUUAAAUCUAACUGUUCAAGAUCCUGUGAUUGCAGUCCAGUUGAAACAAGUGGAGAUAGGUGGACAUGUUUAUGUGCUACUGAUGGAUUGCCUAAAGUAGCUGUCAACAAUCACAAUACUACGUGUUUUACCGCCUGCAACUGCACUGCCGGAUCUCUUCCUCAGGCGCCAGCUUCAAGAAAGCACUACUCUAACAGAGAUGUUGUGAUUAUUCUAUUACUCUGUGUCAUUCUCACAACACUGGCAUUUCUUGCUUCAAUAACAUGCUAUUUCUGUCGAAGGGACAAGUGCACGAAGUGCCCUAUCCAACCACCAAUAUUCUCAUCUGAUAAAGAAACAAGUUGCAAUAGUGCUACCAACUUGAUAAGUCGUAGGACUUCUUUGGUGUCAGAAACUACAGUUACCGUCAGCUUCCCUACUAAACCUGCUGCGGGAUGCUUUCAAAAGGCUUCAUUCCUUUGUCGGGGAAAAAAAGGGACUAUACUUGGAACAAUUUGCCAGUUCGCCUACUCUGAACUGGAAAAUGCAACCAAUAAGUUCUCCAAUUCCAACCUUAUAGGACUUGGAGGAAGUAGCUUUGUGUACCGAGGCCAGCUCAAGGAUGGAAGAAUUGUUGCAGUCAAGCGACUUAAAAUUCAAAGAGGUCCUGAUGUAGAUUCCAUCUUUUCAACAGAGGUCGAGCUGUUGUCAAGGCUACAUCACUGUCAUGUGGUGCCCUUGCUUGGCUACUGUUCAGAAUUCAGUGGGAAACAUGCUGAGAGGCUACUGGUAUUUGAAUACAUGCCUAAUGGUAAUUUGAGGGAUUGUUUGGAUGGGAAUUUGGGGGAGAACAUGACCUGGGAAACUCGUGUUGGUAUUGCUAUUGGUGCUGCAAGGGGCUUGGAAUAUCUUCAUGAAGCUGCUGCUCCUAGAAUAUUGCAUAGAGAUGUAAAAUCCACAAAUAUUCUCCUGGACAACAACUGGAGAGCUAAAAUAACUGAUCUUGGUUUGGCCAAACGUGUAAGAGCUGAUGGAGUUCCCAGCUGUUCCAGUUCUCCAGCAAGAAUGCAAGGCACUUUUGGCUAUUUUGCCCCUGAAUAUGCAAUUGUUGGAAAAGCCUCACUUAUGUCAGAUGUAUUCAGUUUCGGUGUAGUUCUUCUGGAACUGAUCACUGGUCGGCAACCCAUCCAUGAAUCAAACAAUAAAGAAGAAAGUCUUGUUAUAUGGGCUAUCCCUCGUUUACAGGAUAGUAAGCGAGUGACCACAGAGUUACCUGAUCCACGUUUAAAAGGGAAUUUUCCAGAAGAAGAGAUGCAGAUAAUGGCUUACCUAGCAAAGGAGUGCUUGCUGUUAGACCCUGAUGCUCGGCCAACAAUGAGCGAGGUUGUGCAAAUCCUCUCAACUAUUGCACCAGAUAAAUCUAAAAGAAUGAAUAUCCCUGUAAAUUUUUUCCAGAUGCCAUCAGCCCAUAACGUGAAGAAUGAAGCUCUUGUAGAGAGACAUCAAAGUGUAAUUGAGGCUUUAUAUGAUACAGAGGAGCAUAUACCAGCUACGUCUAUUAGUUCAGCUGAGAGCUCACCACAAUUAGGUACAGAUGGUAUUGAAAUUAUCGGCAAAGAAAUAGGUCCCCUUCCUGCUGAGUGUAUGGAGAGGCUGGUCCUUUUGAGUUCCAAUGCUAGGAGUUGGCGUGUCAAUGAUGAUGAAGCAGUAGACUUAACAGAGCCUCGGUUUGAAUCAUUCCGCAUGGCAAAUGUUAAGUCCCCCUGAGAAGAACUAUUCUACUGACAGGAUUAACACAUUUUGCACAAGUUUGCUUGGGCUUCUUUCUGCCGUUUACUCUAAGAAAGGAACAUCAUACAGGGAGUCGGUUUUUGAGAAAAUAUCCAUUUGAUUUUUUAUUUGUUGGGGGUUGUCUUGAAGAGUAGGCCGCACACAGGUUGUGUUAGUACUAGGUCAUGGUUUUUCCUUUAUCGCGUUUCAUGCGUUUGUACAAAAUAUUUAUACAAAAUUAGUAAAAAAUAUCAAAUCAACUAAAGACUGUAGAUGAUGGGCAAUCUUUUUCAGCAAUGGCCACUGCAGGAGAAUCAGUUCUACUUCCAAGUUGCCGCCAUCAAACAUUCAAUAUCGAAUUUUUAACUUGUCUCACACGAUCCAUUGCACCCAAAAAAUCCUUAAACCAAAUACAAGUUGACAGAACAAUCAUGAAUGCCAUCAUGUUUUUCAUUUUUCAAUCAUUUUCUCUUCUAGAAGGUCCGGUGCAGCAGCUUUAUACAGCAAUGCUCUUCCUUGUUAACUGCCUUGGAUUUCGGAUGUCUGGCAAGUCUCAGAGCAGUAAACACUAACUUUGUUUAUGUGUUAGUUGGGUGUCUUGUUUUUGCAGACUUGGAGUCUCCCUUUGAACGGUAGUUGAUAUAUGACUUUGAGAAAGGAUGGUAGAAUUCCAUCAACAUAUAUAAUAAACUCACCAAUUUAAGCCUUCUUCCCAAGGUCUUAUCACCAUUGUCAACAAUCCAGGGUCAGCAAUGGAUCCACCUCCGCCUCCAAGUACACCGCUGCUAGAUUCGGCUCCUCCUCCGGAUGGAGGGAUUUGGGAAUCUUGCUUGUGGUUGCUGUGCUGCUGUGGUGUAUUUAGAAGCUGCUGCCCUCCACUCUUCGAGCCCGGGCCUCCUCCUCCUUAGAGCUGCAUUUCUUUAAGGAAUUGUAUUUUUCCGUUCUGUUUUGCCUAUUUUUAAGCAAGUUUACAUGACUUGGAAGCACCCUUGGUUUCCUUUUGUCUUUUUCUAAUUGUGUGUUGAUAAGGAUUGAAACUUAUUGGAACUGAUUCUUCUUGUUGUCUUUAUUUCUCA